AUGAGGAGAAGAGAAGAAGGAGGACGGCAAAGGAAAGGAUGCGGGGGGAAGGAGCCUGAAGCAAAGAGGAAAAAGCCAAACAAGGAGGACAGUUCAUCAGGCUCUGACAAUGAAGAGGCACGUUUCCAGUCUACACAAAUAUCUUCACAGUUUGAAUUUGUCUGUGUGACACACCAGACAAAGGCCAACAAAGAUGAUGGGAAGAAAAAUGAAGAAAGGACAGGAGUCAAGAAAAAGGAUCUGGGUCUGGAUGUGAAGAAGUGUCUGGAAGCAUUAGAUGAGAUUGGUGCCCUUCAAGUCACAACUCAGCACCUGCAUAAACACAGUGAACUUAUUGGCACGCUCAAAAAGAUUCGCAGAUUCAAGGCCAGCCAGGACAUCAUGGACAAGGCCACCAUGCUGUAUAACAAGUUUAAGAGUAUGUUUCUGGUUGGAGAAGGUGACUGCGUGCUUAGCCAGGUGCUCAACAAGUCUUUAGCGGAACAGCGGCAGCACGAGGAAGCCAAGAAAGGAGCACUGAAGAGGGUGGAACAAGUCAAGGAAAACAACUCAGACAAAAUGACAAAUGGUGAUAUCAGCCCUGAAGAGAAGAAGCAGGAGACGGAGAGAGAGAAGCUUCCUGAGGACGCCUCAGUGGGAGAAAAUCACAGUGCCCCAAAAGCUCAGGAAGAGUCCACUUAAGUGUCGUACAUGCCUGAAGAGAAGACAUUUGCUGCUGUCCAA